UAUAAACACGGAUUAACCUGCUUCCACUCAUUGGUGGUUCAUUUCCACCGUGCACGUGUUUUGUGUCAUUUAUUACAGAUUGAUUCUAGCAAAAUGAGUGAUAGCAUAAGGCUAAGUUCAAAUAUAUUUGUGUUCAAGGAUGAAGAUGCUUGCAAUGAAAAAUUUUUGCAAGAGCUUGACAAAUGUUCAUAUGAAAAAGUCGUGUUUGGUUUGGAUUGUGAAUGGGUUAAUCAGGAAAAGCAAGGUAAAAAGGAAGGACUUGAGCACCCUGUAGCUUUGCUACAAAUAGCUUUUCCCAAUAAAACAUGUUUUCUUGUGCGUUUAUGUAAAAUGCACGGUAAAAUCCCACAUAAAGUGAAGGAUGUUCUGGAGGAUAGUCACAUUUUAAAGACUGGUGUUGGCAUUUCGGAUGACGUGAAGAAGUUGAACUCUUGUUAUAGUUUGGUGAUACAAGGAUUUGUGGAUUUAAGGCAUGUUGCCAUACGAUGCCGGGCAUACAUUGAACAUGGUGUUUCUGAUCAAGGAAAUAGGAAUAACAUGAGUUUAUCGGCUCUGUCGCAACAAAUACUUGGGCUGACCAUGGAUAAGGAUUGGAAGAUUCGUUGCAGUAACUGGGAAUCAGAAUUGCUUUCCGAACGUCAGAUACACUAUGCUGCGAACGAUGCCGUUGUGGCAGUGGAAAUUUUCUUUAAAUUGAUGGCGUCUAAAAUAAACGAACGAAAAAAUAGGAUCGAAGCUGUGGAAGAUGAUAGCAGCUCUUCAGAUCUUGAAACUGCUACAACAAAGAACGCUGGUGGUGAUAUAAGAGAUAGUAACGACGGUCAAAGUUUUUCGGCUUUUCAAAUUCAAAAUUCUGCGAGUGUGAAAAGUAAAGAAGUUAAAAUUUCUGGAAAAACAGAAACUUGUCAUGAUGAAGGCGUCGAUCAAUUGUGUUGCAGCGAUUUAAAGUCUUUAAAAAACAAUCGCAUUGCCUCAAGUCAAACUGAGUUUGUGACUGCUGAAGAUACGUUUGAAAAUCAAGUAUCUACUUUUGUUGAACGGAAUAAUUCACCUGUGAUUGUAAGUAAGGCUAAUAAAAAUUCUCACCAGUCUUUACCAUCCACCUCGGAUAGCGAUGGUACAUCUUCGAAUACUUUGGAACAUUCAAGUGCUAAUGACGGAAAAAUAACUACAUUUGCGUCGAAUAUAAAAUCAACAUUGGGAUCAAUGCUUUCUACAUCUAAAGUUACAGAAAUGCAUUCCAAUGAAAAACAACCUGGAAGAAACUAUGAGCAAUACGAUAGUUUUAAAGAUUUACAUGUCAAUGAAGAAUUGUUGAGGUCUGCGGAGUUUUGGACCUGCUUGGCCCCGCUGUGUCGCGGCAUUGUCAACGUUCCGUAUAAGGCGAAAGCAAAACACAACGGGAGACGUGAAGGAGAGAAAAGUGAUAAAGAAAAGACUGGCGUAUCGUCGCGUCGUGCAGAAAAGAAGUCGGGGUUACAGCCGCGUCGAGCUCCUCUGUAUCAGAAUUGUGUCAUUGAAGCUCCUGAUGGUGAAAUGUUGAGCACGUGUGACAAAAAGAAAACCAAAUGGUACAUCAACAAAGGACUGGCGAACGUCGUUAAAAAUGAACCAUACACGGUUCGACUAAAAUUCGAACCAUCUGGACGUCCAUUUAACCCAGAACACAACUAUUACCUCACGUUUAAAAAGAACGUAUGUGUUGUUUGUGGCCGAGACGAUUCCUACAUGAGGAAAAACAUCAUUCCUCAUGAUUAUAGGAAACAUUUUCCCGUGUGCAUGAAAGAACACCAUUCUCACGACGUGCUCUUACUCUGUCCGUCGUGUCACAUGAUCUCCACUUAUCACGACGACGUGUUACGGAAAUCUUUGGCUCAGAAAUAUCAAGCGCCAUUAGGUAACCAAGCAUCGGCGCAAGUAGCAAGAUUAGUUGAAGAUCCAGAGUUGAAGAAAGUAAAAUGCGCGGCGAAAGCCAUUCUAAACGCAGGCGAUAAAAUUCCAGAAGGAAGAAGAAGAGAGCUGCUUUCAACAGUCCAGGAAUACUUCAAAACUGUGAGUCCAACGCGUGAAAUGAUGCUUGAUGCGUCUAAACUCGAAACACGACGAGAAAAUUGCAAUUUCGUUUCGCAUGGCCGCGAGGUCGUGCGGAGAGUGAAAGAAAUGGGCGAGCUGCUAGCUUUUGAAAAAAUGUGGCGUGAACAUUUUGUGGAGAGCAUGAAGCCAAAAUAUUUGCCGCCAUUGUGGACGGUAGACCACGAACAAGAGAAAGUUCGCAAACUACUUCAAAACGGAUUAGCGUCGUUUGAGUGAUUAGUCUCUUAAAUUUUUACGUCAGAUUUGACCACUGAAUAGCUCAUCGAAUACGUGUACCUGGAAGAGAUUUACCUGGGGGGGAGGAGUGCCAAUUUCAUAGUGUUGGGGAGAAGGGAUGAUGUAGGCUUGCCAAUUUCUUCUGAAAAAUAUUUAUAUACGAAGAAAUUAAGCCAAAGCAAUUGUUUGUGUUCAAAACAUUCUAUAAAAAUACUCCCCAAGUCCCAAGCAUGGUAAGAAAAACUAAUAUAACUGUUCGGAAAGAUGCACAUAGUAGCCACCGAAAUCCAAUCCGAACUAGAAUGCACCUUCCCCCACUCUAGAUCCUGCCCUGAUGUGGACAAGGGCUCAAUGGGUUCUGUGACAACCAAACACAUCCUAACCUCCAACUGUAAAUAAUUCAAAUUUUGCAAAUAUGUUCUAUCCAGUUA